AUGACAGAGCUAUGCGAGAAGUUUGAAUUUAAACAAUACAAUUCCUCCAUGUACAAUGCCCCGACAAAUGGACUAGCUGAAGCGUUUAACAAAACACUUGGCAGUUUGUUAAAAAAAGUGGUAUCUAAGACAAAGCGAGACUGGCAUGAAAGAAUUGGAGAAGCAUUAUGGGCAUAUCGAACAACGUUUCGAACGCCUACUCAAGCAACGCCAUAUUCUCUUGUCUACGGAGUGGAAGCCGUCCUUCCUUUAAAACGCCAAAUCCCAUCAUUACGGAUUGCCAUUCAAGAAGGAUUGACUGGAGAAGAAAAUGCCAAGCUCAGGUUGCAAGAAUUAGAGGCACUUGAUGAAAAAAGGCUCAAGGCCCAACAACGCCUUGAAUGCUAUCAAGCUCGUCUUUCAAGCGCAUUCAAUAAAAGAGUCAAACCACGAUCAUUCCAAGUUGGUGACUUAGUUCUCGCCGUUCGAAGACCUAUCAUCACAACUCAUCGUACAAGCAAUAAGUUCACUUCAAAAUGGGAUGGACCUUAUGUCGUGCAAGAAGUCUACACCAAUGGAGCUUACAAGUUGAUUGGUAAUGAUGGUUGGUUGGAUGCCUAUGUCACCCUUGAGGCCGAGGUCUCGGGUUCGAUUAAUGGUGAUACCCACUAUGCGCAAUUGGGGGCAAACACUAACCAAGCUCACAAGUUGAUCAACAAUGACGAUGUAAGGAUCGGCCCCAUCAAUGGGAAGUUCCUCAAAUGCUUCUAUGCUUGA